AUGUCCGAGAACUUGAUUAGUAGUCAAGUUCUUGGAUUUCGACCGAACAGUUUAACAGCCUUUGCAACAACACAUGCUUCACAGCAUGAAUCAAAUCUUUUUGCUUAUGCUGCAGAGCAUGCAAUUGUCAUUUACGACAGGAUCAUGUAUUAUCACAAAAUUAUUCUUACUCCAGAUCCAACAUCGCCUAUUGUUGCAUUGACCUUCUUUGGUCGUGAUUCUCUUUACUGUUGUAACUCAAAAGGAGAUUUAUUUCACUAUUCUAUCAUGAAUUACAAGGAUGGACCAAUAGAAACAAUGAAUAUAAAAUGCUGUCCAUCAUCAAUGACCGCUUCAAAUCAAAAUCUCUUUAUUAUUUCCGGUUCUUGCAUUUAUAUUUUAUCUGUAACUAAACCUUUCGACAAAUCAAACCUCGUUUUACUUACAAAUACUCAAUCUCAUCUCGAAGUAUCCGUCUCUCCAUGCGGCAGAGCAAUGGCAGCUUAUGCACGAAAUGGACCUUCACCAGUUCUCUGGUAUGCUCCAUAUGAAAAGGGCAUGAGGUCAGCACUACCGCUCAAAGUCAAUGUAAUCGACUUUCAGUGGGCUUGCACUCAAUAUUUAACUGCUGUUACUUGUGACGCAAACAACGCAGUCCGCAUUUGGGCAGAGACAAAGAAUACCACCGAAAUGAGAUGUAUCGCGUAUUACACCUUCCAAGUACCAAUCCAUUCCAUCGCUGUGAUGUUACCACACGAUCGAUGGCAUAAUCCAAGGCCAUACGUUGCCAGACAGAAUAAAUCGGUAUUUCCGCUCGUUUUACAGCCAAAUUUGCUCAUUUCGGCAUCACUUUCCGAUGAAAUUGUUUUGUUGGAACAAACAAUUCGUCCUUACAUGAGAAAAGUCGGUUCAAUACCUUACCAAGAUAAUAAUACAGUACUUACAGUUGGUGAUUUGUCAUAUAUUUACUCAGAAAGACAAAUUAAACGUCAAAUUCACGCAUUAAAGUUUUCGAAGACAAAUCUGACAUUUAUGCAUAUAGAAUUAGGCGAAAAUACAGUUUUAUGGUCCAUUCCACUCAUCAGACAUUUCAUUCACGCGCCAGUCAAAAAAUUAUUUUUGCAAAACGAUCAUUACAUCGCAGAAUACGCAAACGGAACAUUCUUCGACUGGAGUGAAGAGAAAAUGAUCUCUCCACCUCAGGAAGAAAUCCAGAUUCAAAAUAAUACCGUAAUAUACAAAAAUACAACAAAAUUACAGCUUGAUUUCGUUCCAUCGUCAUUUGUAAAAUAUCACGAUGAUGAACAGACCAUUGCCAUUGCUUUUUCUGAUAAAAAUAUUUGUGGUUGCUUAUUUGGCUCCAAAAACAUCGUAAUUCCAGCAGAUCCUCCACAAGAAAAGAUUGACCACGUGUCAGUACAUUCAAGCGACCUAUUUGCAGCGUCUACAAAGUCAGCUGUCUACAUUUAUUUUUAUAUGCAUAAGAAAUACGAAAUGAUUGCAAAGAAAAACUUCGUAAACCCACGCUGCUUCUUUUUACCACAUUCAUUAAUACUUCUAGCCAUUAAUUAUGACGAUAUUCUUGACUUUUUCGUUGUGAAUCGAAAUUCAAUCAGAUCAGCCGCCGACAUCGGCCAACACGUGACUCCUUUGCGUACAACACCAAUUGUUUCUCUGUCUGUGAUGCCAAAUGACGCUGUUUUCGUUUCUACAAACAAUGCUUUGUUCAAAGUCAACAUUCACAAGUCAAAUAUACCUCAGCCGGUCAAAACAGGCUCAAAAGUGUUCUUAACAUGCUUUACUUUGUGUUAUUUCAACGCAUUGAACAAAUUAGCAAACGGAGAAGUUCCUGACGUCCCAGACUUCCUCAAUCGCGGCGAUCCUGAGAUUGUAGAUCAUGUUUAUUUAAGAAAAGAAGAGUUUGAAAACGAAAUUCCAAAAGAAUUUUUCAGAGUUUGCCAGAGAUUGCCUCCAGACUGGAAGAACCUCGAUAGAAGAGGCAUGAACUGCUUAAUUGGCAAUAUUUUGGCCCAAGAAACUGAUGCAAAAGGAGCUUAUCCAUUAUUCGGAAUUUGGGGCCUAUUAACAAGGAACCAGACAUUGUUAACUAAAUUAAUAUCAUUCAGAAGCAUCGAAAACCUCCUCAGUUCGAUGAUUUCUAUUUGGCUGAUUGAUAAUGAAUUAUUAAAACAGUUUAUCUCAAAUUUCAUAGCCCAAAUGAAGCCAUCAGACAAUGAAUUUGAUGAUUUCAUAUUACUUUGCACUUGUGUUGGCAAGAAUAUCCUUUCUAAGAAGAUUUGUUUGUUAUAUGACCAACAAAAGCUUGCAAAUACAAUAGAUCUCUACAUAACAGAUAGAUUCAAAUCUAAAUCAGCUGAUUCUGGAGCUUACAGAGCUCUCAGAGAGCAUAGACCAAGUUUAGGCUCAGUUUUCUUCAUUUUCAAAGGAGAUAAAGUUUCCGCAAUCAGAUGUCUCAAAGACAGGCCAUUUUUAAUGCUUCUCGUAGCAAGAUUACUUGAUUACAACUGGAAGGAACUGAUUAUCAAAGAAUUUGACGAUGUUUAUGGCGGCUUCUACUCAAAAUGGUGGAAUGAUGAUAGAGAAGGUGCCAUUUGUGUCCUCAAAGAGCUUGAUUUGCCAUCAGCAAAAGUAGUUUCUUCAGAAUUUCACAGAUAUCAGAUUUUAUUAGAACUUGGAGUCGAAGAGAGAAGGCUAAUAUUGAGUCUACAGCCAUAUGCAGUCUUUGCAGCUGUUGCAUUAACCCAAGUUUCCUCAGAUUUACAAGAUCAAAUCGAAAACAAAGAAACAGAGCAAAUUGAAGAGCCAAAACCAACUAAAACAGAAGAAGAAGAGAAGACAGAGACAGAUGAUGACAUGAAUUUCGAUUUCGGAGGUGGAAAUUACAUCGAAUCUGAUUUUGAUAAAGAAUAUUCAUAUUCAGACUCCGAAGAAGUCGAAACCAAAGAAGACGAACCAAAUGCCAUCAAAGUUCCUCCUAAAAACGUUUUCAAACGUGACGAAUUAGACAUAAUCUCCAGAUUAAUCAACACUUUCACAAGAUCUCCCCAUGUCAUACCCCAGAGAGUCCCUCUCGGCACGAACCAACACUACAUCGCCGGCCUCAUUGCGAGAUUGUUCAGCGGCAGGCAGCCAGAGCCAACUUCCCUUCUUUUGGAGGAAAUUGCAACGAAACUGUACCAAAACGAGUCAACAAAGUACCUUUCCUACGUUGUAAUCUUCGCUCUGAUGGAGGCAAAGCACCUUCCGAACAUGAUCGGACCACUUUUCGACGGUUUGUUCGACCAGGAAACAUUUGACAUUUUCCUUAUGCAGUCGAAGAGCCACCAGACAUUCAUCUACCCUGAUCUACUGACUGCUUUCGUGGCUAAUGACAAAAGUGAAGUGACUCACAACGAUAGAAGAGUCAUCUCACUUUUAGCGAUUAACAGACUUAUGGAUAUAUGCAAACCAUUCAUGAAGAAGCCACUGGAGCCACUUUUUGCGUUCAUUCACACGAGGUACCGCAGGUAUUUCAGUCUUGUGAAGAACUUCACUUUGUCUCGGCCUAAUUUCUGUGUCGGAUUGGAUCCGAUCGACAACAAAGCCGAGGAACACAUCAAGUCAAUGAACGCAACAAAAAUGGCCCACAACUACAGAAUUUCUAUUUCUGAUGAUUUCAUGUCACCUUUUUAUUCUGACGGCGAAUUUGAGUGCACUAGAUCAUUUCUGACAAACUCGAGAGUUGGCAACCACCACGUCAGGGACAUUGUAAUCAAUCCAUGCAACAACAAGAAUGUUGUUUUGGUCGCAAAGACAGUUUGUGAAGUGAUGAUUACUCAGGAAGAUUUGGACAUGUCCCUGAAUGGAAAUAAACCAGUCAUGAAAGCUGAGGAAGAUUGGCUCGUGGUCGAUCUGCAGGACCAAACUAAGCAGGAAAAUACUGAAAAUACUUCUUCCUACGAUGAUAACUUUGAUUCCCAUUUCACUUCACUUUUAGAACAUGUCACUUUUACUCCUGACAAAGUUGGAAGAACAACAAGGUAUUUCAACAUGCACUGGCACAACCAGGAGACAAAUCUCUCUGAUAUCAAAGCAUUAUGCUGUUCUUCACAUCCGACCAAACCGUCGUAUAUCGUUGGCGGUUUUGACGGCAAAUUAUAUUGUGCUGAUUUUGGACAGAAGAAAACGCGUAGUUACAUGACUAUUUCUGAUUCUUCAAUCAACCAAAUCAGAUUCAACAGAUGUGGAGACAAAAUUCUUUGUAAUUGCGAAAAUGGAAAUGUCGUAAUUAGUGACUUCACUUCUGCUUUUCAGCCACUUUUGAAGCCGAGAGACUUCAAAUCGCUCGAUUGGCUGAACAACGACACACAGUUUGUCAUCUGCGGGAACCAAGGAAUUGGAAUUGUCGACACAAUUGUUGGAGAUGUUGUUUGCGAAAUUUCAUCUGAUUUGGAUGGUUUCACAAUUCCAUGCUCUGUUUGGGGACCUUACAUCGCUACUGGCUGCCAGAACGGGUCAGUGAAUAUAUUCGAUGUUAGAAUGUGCAAAUUGGUUUCUUCCCUGACAGAACAUAGUAAUUCUGUUACAACAAUUAGAUUUGAUGAAAGCGGAUGUUUCCUUUUGUCCGGAUCAUCUGACAAUACAAUUUAUGUGAUUGAUGGAUUGAAUUUCACAACUUCUUCGAAAAUUAAUGAUGUCUUGGGACACACAACUUCUUCGAAUCAGUCUCACAGCAUAUUGAGCUUGGCAAUAUCUAACCAGGUUAUUGUGGCUGGAGGUUACUCACCUGUUUUAAGGGCUUGGACUAUAUCAGAGCCUAGAGUUAUUGAUUAA